GAUACUGGCUAACUUUAUACUGAACCAAAUAUUUGGAUAAGUUCAGAACGGUUUUAGCUGACUUAAUCUUAUUUUUUAUAAAAUAAAAAGUGAAAUACAACUUUUUACUGAUACCAUGUCAAGGUUAAGCAGAGCCCUGCAGCUUACAGAUAUAGAUGAUUUUAUUACUCCCUCGCAGAUAUGCAUUAAACCAGUGGAAAUAGAUAAGGCAAGAUCAAAGACUGGGGCAAAGAUCAAGAUAAAGGGUGACAGCUGCUUUGAGGAAUCUGAGAGUGGAAAACAAAAACUUAAUAAAGUUGAAAUUACUCUGCAAGACUGUCUUGCAUGCUCAGGUUGUAUUACUUCAGCCGAAGGAGUCCUGAUCACGCAGCAGAGCCAAGAAGAGUUGCUUAGGGUCCUUCAAGAGAAUUCAAAAAAAAAGGCCACUGAGGACUGGGAUAAUGUGCGUACGAUCGUAUUUUCCGUUGCCACCCAGCCUCUACUAAGCUUAGCCCAUCGCUAUCAAAUAGGUGUGGAGGAUGCUGCCCGUCAUCUUGCUGGAUAUUUUCGCAGUUUGGGUGGCAACUAUGUUUUGUCCACUAAGGUGGCGGACGAUAUCGCUCUUCUCGAAUGUCGUCAAGAAUUUGUAGAAAGGUACCGCGAAAAUGAGAACUUGACCAUGCUUAGCUCCUCUUGCCCGGGGUGGGUUUGUUACGCGGAGAAAACACACGGAAAUUUCAUACUACCUUACGUUUCCACUACCCGAUCUCCACAGCAAAUAAUGGGAGUGCUUGUAAAGCAUAUCCUUGCCGAAAAGCUAAAUAUUCCUGCGUCGCGAAUCUACCAUGUGACCGUAAUGCCCUGCUACGACAAGAAGCUUGAGGCCUCGCGAGAUGAUUUUUUUAGCAAGACGAAUAACUCUCGCGACGUAGACUGUGUUAUCACUUCAGUUGAGGUGGAACAGUGGCUGGGUGAGGCGCAGCAGACGCUGUCACAGUUCGAUCCCCUUGAUCUGGACUGGCCCUGGUCUAAUGUACGCCCAGACUUAAUGGUAUGGGCUCACGAGAAGACGUUGUCUGGUGGUUACGCAGAACAUGUAUUUAAGUUCGCCGCAAAACAGAUUUUUAACGAAGUCCCAACAAAUGAUUUGGAAUUCAAACAGCUAAAAAAUCGUGACUUUAGAGAAAUUAUACUUAAAAAAAAUGGAAACACUGUCCUGAAAUUUGCUAUUGCCAACGGUUUCCGGAACAUACAAAACAUGGUACAAAAGUUAAAGCGUGGAAAGGUAUCAAACUACCAUUUUGUUGAGGUAAUGGCCUGUCCCUCAGGAUGCAUAAACGGAGGAGCACAAAUACGCCCCACUACCGGACAACACGUUCGCGAGCUUACCCGGAAACUGGAGGAAUUAUACCACAACCUUCCACUGUCCGAACCCGAAAACUCCUUAACGAAACAUAUUUACAACGACUUUUUAGACGGCUUUCAAACUGAAAAAUCAUAUGAGCUGCUGCACACCAGUUACCAUGAUGUAGUGUCUGAGCUCAGUAUAUCGCUUAAUAUUAAUUGGUGAACGUAUUAUGCUUGAUCUCUGUUCAGUAUAUCGCCAGUUUCAGUAAAGCAAUAUAGCCCAGAAAGAGGAAAAACUGUUUCGCUUUUUUACCCGUUACUCGUUUAAAUAUUUAAAACAAGAGAGAACGCUAUAGUCGAGUUCCCCGACUAUCUGAUACCCGUUACUCAGCUAGUGGAAGCGCAAAGGAGAG